CGUGGCGCUUUGACCCAGAUGAGACAGAAGAGCCCCGAACCCGCGCGCGCAGGAACCGGAGCCGAGUCCCGGUUGGAGCAGCAGCGCUUCCUGCCCGGGACUCUGAGGCUGUCCCGCAGACGCUCGUGGGCCGGUUCGGUUCGAGUCGGGACCCUGCUCCGCUCCUUUUCUGAAGUUGUGGACCGUGAGGACCGGGGGAGCAGCCGGAGUCUGGCGGGAUCUUUCUCCAGCGGCUCGGUUCCCCGCGCGGACCCGGGAAGAAGCUUCUGGACAUGACGUCAUUCUACCAGAGAGUCACGGACAAGAUCGACACGAGCGCGUCCACCCCCAACCCCCCCGAGGCGAGCCGCCUCCUGGGGCAGGGGGGCGAGGGGGGGGCAGAGGGCCAGCGGCGGCCCCCCCGCCACGGCGAGGACGAGCACGAGCUGGUGGGCAGCAACCCUCCGCAGAGGAACUGGAAGGGAAUAGCGAUCGCCCUCCUUGUCAUUCUGGUCAUCUGCUCUCUGAUCGUCACCUCCGUCAUCCUGUUGACACCAGGCGAGGACGACCGUCUGGCUCUGAAGGGUAAAGUGACGGUUGCAGACCUGUUCAGGAAAGACUUCAGGGUUCACGACCCCAACGCCAAGUGGAUCAGCAAUAAUGAGCUGCUGUACCGGAACCGCGACGGCGACGUUGUCAGGCUCAGCGUGGACUCCAAUGAGCAGACCGUCCUGGUGCAUAACAAGAAAUUUGAAAUGUACAAAGCCAGCAAGUAUGAGGUGUCCCCCGACCUGAAGUACGUGCUGCUGGCCUACAACGUGGCGCCGGUCUACCAGCAUUCCUACACGGCGUUCUACAUCAUCUGCAGUCUGGAGACUCCGGAGACCUGGAACCUGAACCCUCCGGAGGUCCGGAACGCUCAGCUGCAGUUCGCCGGAUGGGGACCCAAAGACCAGCAGCUGAUCUUCAUCUUUGAGAACAACAUCUACUAUCGCUCGGAGGUGAAGAGCCGCUCCAUCCGGCUGGUGUCUUCUGGGAAAGAGGGGGUCAUCUUCAACGGGCUCAGUGAUUGGCUGUAUGAAGAGGAGAUCUUCCACUCCCACGUGGCUCACUGGUGGUCUCCGGACGGCGCCAGGCUGGCGUACGCCACCAUCAACGACACUCUGGUGCCAAAGAUGGAGCUGCCGAUGUUCACAGGAGCGCCGUACCCCACGGGGAAGGAGUACCACUACCCCAAGGCCGGAGAGGAAAACCCGCUGAUCAGUCUGCAUGUGGUCAACCUGAACGGCCCGCUGCACACCAUCGAGAUGAGGAGGCCGGACGACCCCAGGAUCGGAGAGUUCUACGUGACCAUGGUGAAGUGGGCCACCACCACCAAACUGGCCAUCAGCUGGCUGAACAGAGCGCAGAACAUCUCCAUCCUCACGCUGUGUGAAGCCACCACAGGAGUCUGCACAAAGAAACACGAGGAUGAAAGCGAAGGCUGGCUUCACAGGCAGGAUGAAGAGCCGCUGUUCUCUAAAGACGGACUCAAACUCUUCUUCACUCGAGCCAUUCCACAGGGAGGACGGGGGAAGUUCUUCCACAUCUCCAUGUCCGUCUCCCAGCCCAACACCAGCACUGACACGCUGCAGUCCAUCACCUCUGGAGACUGGGACGUCACUCAGGUCCUGGCCUACAACGAGGACAACCAGCUGAUAUACUUCCUGAGCACUGAAGAUGGCCCCAAGCGCAGACACCUGUACAGCGCCGACACGUUUGGAUCCUUCAACCGCCGCUGUCUGACCUGCGGCUUGCCCAGCGGCUGCGGCUACAUCAGCGGCUCCUUCAGCUACAACAUGAGCUACUUCCUGCUCAGAUGUCGAGGCCCCGACGUCCCGUUUGUUGCAGUUUAUAAAACCCAGAGAGACGCAGAGAGCGAGACUGAAGACCGAGAGACCUCUGCCUUUUCCGAGCGGUACCUCGGCCUGCCGAAGCCGGACCCGCGGGCCUACGCGAUGGCCAAUCUGGCUCACAGAGCGUCUCAGUUCACGGAUAACAAGUUCCUGAUCAUCCAUCCGACGGCUGACGAGAAAGUUCAUUUUCAACAUUCAGCUAAAUUCAUCUCUCAGCUCAUUAGUGAAAAGGCCAACUACACCUUACAGAUCUACCCGGAUGAAGGCCACUUCCUGCACAGCGACGCCACCCGCCAGCACCUCAGCCAGUCCCUGGUCAACUUCUUCGAGGAGUGCUUCAGGCUACCGGAGAAGGUGUUUGAGGAGGCUCUGGAGGAGGAGCUCGAGGACGAGCAUUAGCCCGGCCCCUCUGUGGUUCCUGCGCCCCCUACUCCCCACUCAUCGCUCCACCCUGCAACAGUGGCCAAGCGCGCCAGUGUCCAUCCCAUCAGAACGUGGCUGUUGGAGUUCCACCACAUCCUCCCCUCAUCCGGCCCCCAGGAGCCGACCAAACUGAAGACGCUGCUUUGUGGAAGGAGUUGAUUUUGACUCCCCGUCAGCGGAGCAGCAGGAGGACCUCAGCACAACCAGAGCAGGACUCUUUCCAACGAUGAACUCUUCCUGUGGGACAGUGGUCGUGUGUGUUGUUCUGACCGUCUGUAAAAUAGCACAAACACUUUCCUUUGGAUCAUCCGGAUUUGAGUUCAUUUCAGUGUCUGACGGGCUGGAGCGGACGACGCUUCGGUUACGAUUUCAGAGAGAGGUUUUGUCACCGUGCCUUACUGUGUCAGAAAAGAUUCGCAGCUCCAACCGUUUUUACCAAACGCCAUCGAGUCAUCCUUUAAUGACGCCGGUUCUGAGGGUGACCAGCAGCUGCUGCAUGGAGAGCAAACCAAGCAACAAAAUUCAAACUUUUUAAUCUUGAAAACAUUUCAAGUUUUUUACAGAGAAAGAUUUGUUUGAACAAAAAGAUCACUGCAGAGAAAUCGGAUCAGUUCAGAGUCUGAGCAGAUCCACCAAACGCAUUUUCUCCUGUUUGGAUCCAGACGGAGCAGCUGAUCUAGGAAAUUAAAGAAAACUUAAGCUAAUCUACAGAAAGCUGUGCAAACAAAUCAGGAAAUAUUUUCAAAUAUAAUUAUUUAGCAGAAAGCUCCUCUUUACAGAGAUCAGAAUUCAGCUUUUGUUUCUACAGACUCUGGAUCCCAAAUGUUAAAGUUUCUUUCACGUGAGAUCCAAAGUUCUGGACGUUCCGGAGGCGAGCUGGCGCUCCCGGACUCCACCUGAGAAUGGGAUCCGUUUUCCCUCUGCGGUUCGGAGGUCAUUCCGUCAAAGUUUGGAAGCACAACUGAGGCUUCAAGAACAACCUAAACUUUGUGCUUCCUCACAUUUCAGAGGUCGCCUGCAGCUCAAGAUACGUUUUUUUUCUGGUCAAAAAUACGGAAAUGAGGGAAAUCUUCCCACAUCCGGAGAAUUAACAUAAUUCAGACAGAAAACUCCAUAAGGCUGAGUCCGGCUGGUGAUGCUCUCAGUGCAUGUUUGCAGCUCAUUCUGAAUGUUCCUCUCUGGACUGCAGCUCUCAUCUCCAGUAGUAAUCGUGACAGAGGUCCUAGUCUGGUCAGUUUGGUGUGUAAAUGUUCUCAUUUUAUUCUAGAAGAGACAAACCGUGUUUCCUGAGUGUUACCUGUGCAUUAAGCAUUUUGGAGUUGACAUUUCUUGUUCAUUUCUGUUGAUGUCCUUGACCUGAGCUGACAGUGGACUUGAUCCAACAGAACCGGACUCUCCGCUCGCUGGCUGAGGACUUUUUACAAGACUUGCUUUUUGCAGCUCAGAAGGAGAGAGAUGGCAGACUGUGGCAUGAAAGUAAAUGUUAGAAUAAAAAAGUAGAUAUUUUA